AUGUCAGCGCGCCCCUCUCAGAAUGGUUCUGCGCUGAUCCCUCGGACUUUCUCCCGUCACUUCGUCAUUGCCACUGACGAGCCUCCAGAAUAUAUUGACUUGUCUGUUUUGGACCUGCUGAAUGAUGAUGGAGGUUCAGGCAUGGAGCAGGAACCGAGGAAAAGACCUGGUCACAGCCAACACCGUCGCUACUUCAUCUCGGAGGAAACCAAAGAAUUUCUCCAGGGUCGCUUGGCAAAUGCCUUCAUCCCAACCAUCUACACUCUGGUCUUCAUCAUCAGUGUGCCCCUCAACCUUGUUGCCACGGUGAUGUUUGUGCAUCGCAUCCAUCCCAAGAAGCCAGCAGUGAUCUAUAUGCUGAACUUGGCUUGUGCUGACCUUUUGUUUGGCCUGCUUCUUCCUUUCAAAAUCGCCUACCAUUACCAUGGCAACGACUGGAUCUACGGCUCCUUCAUGUGCAGAGUUGUCACAGCAGCUUUCCACUGCAACAUGUACUGCUCCGUGCUGCUGGUGAUGUGUAUCGGCUUGGACCGUUUCCUGGCUGUGGUUCACCCCAUGAAGUCCCUGACGUGGCGCAGCCCUCAGACUGCCUCAGCUGUAUGCGCUGCCAUGUGGCUCUUGUCCCUGGGAGGGGUUGUCCCCCUUCUGACCUCCGAACAGACCAUCCAUUUAUCAGACCUCGGUAUCACCACCUGCCACGAUGUGCAGGAUGCGGAGACUCUGCAGUCUUACUAUCUCUACUUCUUUCCCAUCUACUCCUCCGUCUUCUUCUUCAUCCCUCUCAUCUUCACCGUCGUCUGUUACGUACGCAUCGUUCAAGCUCUAACUGCAGCCAAUGUGGCGAAUCGCUCCAAGAAGACUCGGGCUAUCGUGAUGGCUGUGGUGGUGCUGCUUGUGUUUGUGGUCUGCUUCACCCCCACCAACAUCCUCCUGAUGGUUCACUAUGUUCAGAUGACCCACACGUCCAGUGACGGUUCCUACAAAGCCUACCUGCUGUCCAUGUGUGUCGGCAGCCUGAGCUGUUGUCUGGAUCCGGUCCUCUAUUACUACGGCUCCUCUCAGUGCCAGAAGCAGGUUGCGGCGCUGUUGAGGUGUAGAAAACUGGCAAGUGGAGAGAGCAGCUUAGAGACUCGCAGCACCAGAACCAGCGGAUCAACCAUCAGCAGCAGAUCCUGCAAGAUGGACAGUGUUCACAAUGACAUGGGGGUGCAGUACAACAGGCUGGAGACCUGA